GAUCCUGGGGGGAGGCCCCAGCGCGUAGGGGCGGGGGUAGGUGCAGAGGCGCGCGGAUCUCCUCCCCGCGAGUGCGGGUGCCGCAGCGCUUGCUGGCCGCCCGGGGGAGGGGCACGUGGCCCUAGAAAGGGGGGUCCCGAAACACCUAGGUGUACCCCAACCUCACCCACCGAUCCCCCGGAGGUGGGGAUCGCUUACCCACUCCAUGGCCCUUGAGGACUUAGGACUCCGCGGCCUCUCGGGGUCCAGGACAUCAUUCCUCCCCGCUGCAGCGCCUUGGGACCCCGGCAUCUCAUAACCCGCCCCCCCCCCACCUCCGAAAAAAAUUCCCAUCCUCUCUGCAGCCGGGAGGAGCAUGAAGGACUUCAAUUCCCAGCAGCCCAUACAGCGCCGGGUCUGUGAAGUCUUUAGCCGCGAUCCGGCUCCUCCUCCCACCACCUGGCGCGUGGGGACGGGUCCGCAGCCCCUUGUCCGCCCUACAACCCCCAUGGGCUGCCGCCAGCCGCCGCCUCGGCUGCCACCCAGAACACGGCAGGGAUAAGCGCAGCCCAUCUCUGAUGUCUGCCUCCAAACCAUGUGUGGCGAAUUCCCCUUCGCCCCACAUGCACCUCUUUCCUCCCGGUCCCCUGUCUCGUAUGCCCCCACCCCCAUCCAACCUUCCUUCUGCACCCAUGUCUGUCUGCCCAGCCCUCCUUUGUAUCCUCGCCCAUCUGUGAUCUCUGGCCAUCGCCUGUCAGUCUGUCCUUUAUUCCUGCACCCCAUCCGUUCUGCCAACCACUGUUGCUCUUUCAAAGAUAUUUCUGUCCUGGCACUUCUAACUGUCCCUCUGUCCGCCCAUCUCUUGCACUCCCAUAAAUUACACACUAGUCCAUUCUUUAUGGCUUGUCCAUCCCAAAUCACAAUCCUUGACGUUCCCUGUGUCUGUUCAUCUGUCCCUCCGUUCUGGGCCCCAGUUUGCCCUUCCCAUUAUCUCUGUCUCCCUUCCCCUUCUCUCUCCCUCCCUCAACUUGGUCCCUGUCUCUGCAUCCUGCACCUCCCAUCCCACCCCAGCCACCACCGCACACAACCAUCUCUUCUCUCUCUAACCCCAUUCCUCCCUUUCUCUCGGUCCUGUCCCCUUCUACCUGGACCUGGCCUGUUUCUCGUUCCUUGAACCCGCCAGGCCCCUGCUCAUGCUGUUCCUGCUGCUCUGGAUGCUUUACCCCAUGCCAGCCCCACCACCCACUGCCGGUGGCCACAGAGAGCCCCCCAGCUGCCCACUUCCUAGUCCCUUUGUGAUAUUUCCUCUGUGCCUUUUAGAGCACCUCUCACAGUGUGAGCACGUCUUGUUUGUUGAUGUGGUGUUUGUUGACUUGCUUACUCCGUGUGUCUCCUCUCACUGGAUUGUAACACCAGGAAGUCGGGGACUGUGUGGGGCGCGUUCUCUGCUGGCUCUGCAGCAUCUGGCACAGUGCCUGGCAUGUAGCUGGUGCUCAAUGAAUAUUCGUCGAAUGCAUGAACGAAGAAUGGCUGUCCCCUCGUCUGCCCACGCCUAAAUUCCGUCCCUUUGUCUGGGCACCCCUAAUCUCUGUCUCUUUAUCUGUCCUUAAUCUCUGCCCCUUGACUGGCCUCCCUAGUCUCUUCCUCCUUGUCCGUUUGUCCCUGUUCUCUUUCCUCCUGUCCAUUCACGCUGAUCUCUGUCCUCUUGGUUGUCCAAUCUGUUACUGUCUUCUUGCCUGCACCCCGAAUUUCAGUCCUGUCUAUCGGCCCCGGAUUUCUUUCUCAUCGUCUAUCCCUCCCCAAUCUACCUCCCCUGAUCCACCUGGCCCCAAUCUCUGUCCCCUCGCCUGUCCUCCCCUUUCUCUCUUUCCCUUUUUAUCCUUUAUCCAUCCCUCUCUCAAUCUCAUCUCUCAUCUGCACCCUCGUCCGGCCCCUUCCAAGCACAGAACCCACCGGCCACCAUGUCGGGAGAUUACGAGGAUGACCUCUGCCGGCGGGCACUCAUCCUGGUCUCGGACCUCUGUGCGCGGGUCCGAGAUGCCGACACGAGUGACAGGUGCCAGGAGUUCAACGACCUGCGAAUUCGAGGCUAUCCCCGGGGCCCAGAUGCAGACAUCUCCGUGAGCCUGCUGUCGGUCAUCGUGACAUUCUGUGGCAUUGUCCUUCUGGGCGUCUCCCUCUUCGUGUCCUGGAAAUUGUGCUGGGUGCCCUGGCGGGACAAGGGAGGCUCAGCGGUGGGCGGGGGCCCCCUGCGCAAAGACCUAGGCCCUGGGGUCGGGCUGGCAGGCCUGGUGGGCGGUGGCGGGCCCCACCUGGGGGCCGGCCUGGGUGGCCAUCCUCUGCUGGGGGGUCCACACCACCACGCCCACACCGCCCACCAUCCGCCCUUCGCUGAGCUGCUGGAGCCAGGCAGCCUAGGGGGCUCUGACCCCCCUGAGCCCUCGUACUUGGACAUGGACUCGUAUCCAGAGGCUGCGGCAGCUGCAGUGGCCGCUGGGGUCAAACCGAGCCAGACAUCUCCUGAACUGCCCUCUGAGGGAGGUGCGGGCUCUGGGCUGCUCCUGCUGCCCCCCAGUGGUGGGGGCCUGCCCAGUGCCCAGUCGCAUCAGCAGGUCACAAGCCUGGCACCCACCACCAGGUACCCGGCCCUACCCCGGCCCCUCACCCAGCAGACCCUGACCCCUCAGCCGGACCCUGGCAGUGAGGAGCGGCCGCCUGCCCUACCCUUACCCUUGCCAGGCGGUGAGGAAAAAGCCAAACUCAUCGGGCAGAUCAAGCCCGAGCUGUACCAGGGGACUGGACCCGGUGGCCGGCGCGGUGGCGGGGCCGCGGGCUCGGGAGAGGCCGGAGGGGGGGCGCCCUGCGGCCGCAUCAGUUUUGCCCUGCGGUACCUCUAUGGCUCCGAUCAGCUGGUGGUGCGGAUCCUACAGGCCUUGGACCUCCCGGCCAAGGACUCCAAUGGCUUCUCAGACCCCUACGUCAAGAUCUACCUGCUGCCGGACCGCAAGAAAAAGUUCCAGACCAAGGUGCACAGGAAGACUCUGAACCCCGUAUUCAACGAGACAUUCCAGUUCUCGGUGCCCCUGGCCGAGUUGGCCCAGCGCAAACUGCACUUUAGCGUCUAUGACUUCGACCGCUUCUCACGGCACGACCUGAUCGGCCAAGUGGUGCUGGACAACCUCCUGGAACUGGCUGAGCAGCCCCCCGACCGCCCACUAUGGAGGGACAUCGUGGAGGGCGGCUCGGAAAAGGCAGAUCUCGGGGAGCUCAACUUCUCACUCUGCUACCUCCCCACCGCCGGGCGCCUCACCGUGACCAUCAUCAAAGCCUCUAACCUCAAAGCGAUGGACCUCACUGGCUUCUCAGACCCCUACGUGAAGGCCUCUCUGAUCAGUGAGGGGCGGCGUCUGAAGAAGCGGAAAACCUCUAUCAAGAAGAACACGCUGAAUCCCACGUACAACGAGGCGCUCGUGUUCGAUGUGGCCCCGGAGAGCGUAGAGAGCGUGGGGCUCAGCAUCGCGGUGGUAGACUAUGAUUGCAUCGGGCACAACGAGGUGAUCGGUGUGUGCCGCGUGGGCCCGGACGCCGCCGACCCCCACGGCCGAGAGCACUGGGCGGAGAUGCUGGCCAACCCCCGCAAGCCCGUGGAACACUGGCAUCAGCUGGUGGAGGAAAAGACUUUGUCCAGCUUCACAAAAGGCAGCAAAGGAUUGUCAGAGAAAGAGAACUCAGAGUGAGGGGUCUGGCCUAGGCCCAGGAUCGGACCAGGCCCCCUCAGGACCCCAUCCCUUCCUGCCCGGACUGUGAAUUCAUCUCCUCGAAGCCAUAACGUCCGAGCUGCGUGGUGCGGGGCUGCCUGGGCCCACCCAUCCUUCUACCCCGCGAGGCGCGAGGGUGGGAGGCAGGCGGGCCCAGCUCCCUGUUUCAGGGUUGGGGGGGGGCAUUCAGUCUCCACUGUGUCUGUCUUCCCUUCCCCAGGGCUCCUCUUCCAGGCAAGGGGCCAUGCAUGUCUGGGGGACCCCAGCCCCCCAAACCCUUCGUCUUUCUGUCUGUCUCUUUGCUGUUUGUCCAAGACUUGGUGUCCUGACCCUUGUUCUUGCUGUGAAUGUCAACAGACCGAUCCUCCGUAUUCCCCCAGACACACACACACACCUGUGUCUACCCUUUCUGUUCAACACACCCUGCGUCUGGCCGAUCCCCCCACUGCUGCUGCUACCAACACCGGAAUAAACACACACCGUGGGUCUCACUCCA